AUGCUCUCCACUCAUAUUCUAGCUUCAGGGAUAUCGUGCAUUGUUGCCCUGGUUGUCCUUUCGCGUCUGACUCGUGGUAGACGUGUGUACCCUUUGCCUUUGCCGCCUGGCCCCCCUCCGUUACCAUUGUUCGGUAAUGCGCUGCAACUGGAUACCAAACGACCUUGGCUCACAUAUACUGCUUGGGGAAAGACAUAUGGGAAAAUCAUUCACUCCUCCAUAUUUGGGAUCGACUUGAUUAUCAUAAACUCUGAGACGGUCGCGCGGGAGCUGCUCGACAGGCGUUCUGCGAAUUACUCUACUCGCCCCGUUAUUCGCACCAACGAAUUAGCCGGAGUCGAUUUCAAUACUGUGCUCCUGCCAUAUGGCGAGACUUUACGGCGACAUCGCAAGAUCUUUCAUCAAGUCCUCAGGGCCGAAGUCUCGGUCUCACACUAUGAGAUGUACUCUCGCCACGCAAAUGAGCUAGUGAUUAAUCUCUUGGAUGCCGUUAGUGACCCGCAGCAUCAGACUGAAACAUACGCGGCAUCCCUAAUCAUGGCUGUGACAUAUGGAUAUAAUGCUCACGGACAUGAAGACCCAUUUCUUUCCCGCGCGCGCGAACUCUUUGAUAUUGGCCAGCGUAUUGUUUCUCCCGAGAAGGGUGCCUUGUUCACAGCCUUUCCUUUCCUCGAAAAGUUACCGCUUUGGUGCUUCGGUGGAGCAUUUUCCCUGAUCGGACGCUGUAGAGAAUUAGCUCAACAGCUUUUGAACGAGCCCUUCAAUGAAGUGAAGGCACAGAUGGCAAAUGGUAUUGCUUCACACUCAUUGGUCGCUGACUUUCUCAGUCAAGCUCACGACGACGCUGAUGAAGACACCAUGAAGGCUGUUGCGUUGACGGGGUAUAUGGUUGGCAUGGACACUGUGAGUCGCUACUUAAGCAAUCCUGCUUCUUACUUUGACGUCCCGCAGAGUGCAGCCGCAUUGCAGAUAUUCCUGCUGGCCAUGGUGCUCUAUCCCGACAUCCAAGUCCGGGCUCGUGCAGAAAUCGACCAAGCUGUAAAACAUGAUAAAAUGCCGUGCCUUGAUGACAGGGCGUCAAUGCCCUACCUUGAUGCCAUCCUCCGCGAGGUCCUGAGAUGGUAUCCUAUCGUCCCCCUAGGAAUUCCACAUGCGACAUCAAAUGAUGAUGUUUACGACGGGUACUUUAUACCCAAAGGUGCGAUGGUAAUGGUUAAUCAGUGGGCACUCUCGCGGGAUGAAGACAUAUUUCCCGAUGCAUCGCGCUUCGACCCAAGUCGCCAUCUGACAGUCGACGGAACGCUGAAGGACCCUUUCGUCAACCAUUUUGCCUUUGGUCAUGGCAGGCGUAUUUGUCCUGGUCGUUGGUUUGCAGAAAGUAGUCUGUGGACCGCAGCUGCUGCCAUACUCGCCGUCUUGCGCAUCGAUCAUGCCAAAGACUCGAACGGAAACAAGUUUGAGGUGAAGCCGGAGUUCACCACCGGCACGGCAAUUCACCCCGAACCAUUUCAGUGUUCAUUUGAGAUUGUGAACGCAGCGAGAGAAAGACGCCUCCGAGCGACGAUGAAUUCGAAUUAGACUUCGUCUGUACUUAGGUGGUCUGUCAUGUAAUAGUACCACGGCACAGAGUGACUGGAAGGCACGGUCUUGCGACUUCUGUCUCUGAUGAAUGAGAUCAUUACUUUCG